AGCAUUUGUUGUGCUUGUUAGUGUAGUUUAAAAGACAUCAGAGGACAUUAGUGUGUGAGGUUUGCAGUACAUGGUUAUUAAUAGAUUACUUAUCUUUAUAUGUCCGCAAUAAAAAGGUGGGUUGAUGAAGAUGACGAGUAAAAGUGUUGCGAGGAGAAUUUUGGGCUCUGUGAGGGGGAUUUUCUACAACCUGCGUUUCAGUUCUACACAAACUGCAGCCGGUGCAGAAAACUCAAGCAGAGAAGUCAUCAAAAGUAGGGUACUCGAGAAAAAUGAGCUGCGACCGCUGUACAUGGACUUUCAGGCAACAACGCCAAUGGACCCAAGAGUGCUGGAUGCCAUGCUUCCUUACCAGGUGAACUACUACGGCAACCCACACUCCAGGACUCAUGCCUACGGGUGGGAGAGUGAGAGCGCGAUGGAAAAAGCAAGAAAACAAGUAGCAGAUCUUAUUGCCGCCGAUCCACGAGAGAUCGUCUUUACCAGCGGUGCUACAGAAUCCAACAAUAUGUCAAUCAAAGGUGUGGCCCGUUUCUAUAAGUCCAAGAAGAAGCACAUCAUCACCACUCAGACAGAACACAAGUGUGUGCUGGACUCCUGUCGCGUCUUGGAGACUGAAGGCUUUGAAGUAACUUACCUGCCUGUACAAUGCAACGGCUUGAUUGAUCUGCAGCAACUACAAGAAACGAUACGUCCAACUACAAGCUUGGUUUCCGUGAUGACCGUCAACAAUGAGAUUGGAGUCAAGCAGCCGAUUAAACACAUCGGUCAGAUCUGUAGAUCCAAAAACGUUUUCUUUCACACUGAUGCUGCCCAGGCGAUCGGAAAAAUCCCCAUUAAUGUGUCUGACUUGAAAGUGGAUCUGAUGUCUAUCAGCGGGCACAAAAUAUAUGGCCCCAAAGGUGUCGGUGCUUUGUAUGUAAGGAGGAGGCCCAGGGUUCGUCUUGAACCUCUGCAGAGUGGAGGAGGUCAGGAGAGGGGGUUGCGCUCAGGCACUGUGCCCACUCCUCUUGCUGUUGGAUUGGGUGCCGCUUGUGAGCUUGCCCAGCAAGAGAUGGAGUAUGACCAUGUCCGGGUAUCCGUGCUUGCUGAUCGUUUUGUGCAGAAGAUAAUGGCUGGGAUUCCUGAUGUAGUUAUGAAUGGAGAUCAUGAACAGAGAUAUCCAGGAUGCAUCAAUUUAUCAUUUGCCUAUGUUGAGGGGGAGAGUCUGCUGAUGGCUUUAAAGGAUGUAGCUCUUUCUUCUGGCAGUGCAUGCACUUCUGCUUCGCUUGAACCUUCCUAUGUAUUGAGGGCUAUUGGAACAGACGAGGAUCUGGCCCAUUCCUCAAUCAGGUUUGGAAUUGGACGCUUUACCACAGAGGAGGAAGUGGACUACACUGCUGAGAAAUGCAUUCAGCAAGUUAGACGUCUUCGAGAGAUGAGUCCUCUGUGGGAGAUGGUGCAGGAAGGCAUUGACCUGAAGAGCAUCAAAUGGACCCAGCACUGAACCCUCUCACACAUGGUAUAGGGUUGCUGAAGUGUAAAUCCCUCUUUUGUAAAAAGUGAUCUUGUCCUCAGAUAAAAACACGCACAAUUUUAUUAUUUUUGAGAGAAUUGAGGGCGUUUAAUCAGUCGGUGAAUGUGUUUUGUACCAAUUGUGGUAACAGCAAGCAGGUAUGACAAAGUUGACCUUUCAAGCUUAGCUUUUACUAAACAUUUAGGGCUUUCACCAUAAGCAUUGUAUAAUGGAACUUUAUUUUGUAACUAGAGUGUAGCAAAAUAUAAUCAGCUACAAGAGAUUGCGUGAAAUGAUUCCAAACUAUGCCAGAAAAUGUUUCUUUUUCUGUAAUAAUCUGUAUGUAAGUUCAGACAAGCCAUAGUUGCACUAUAAUUCAUGUGCUUUUUUGUGCAAUGCCAAAACAAGCAAGGCAUUAGCAUUCAUGCACACACGGCAUUGCAUGAAAUUAUAGAUUUCAAACAUAACAUUAACAAAUUCACCAACCAGUGAUGUAUUUUUAAAGCAUGACUGUUCUUCUUUAAUUAACGUGCUACGAUGACAUAAAUUACUUAAUUCUCCGGUCAGUUCUACCAGCUAUUGUGCAGAACGUGGGAUUUGUCACAUAAACGCUGCAUCUCAUGAUACUGCUGUAAUGUUUUACAUGUAGACUAAUUGCAAACAGUGAAGAAAUCAUUCAGGACUUCCUGCAUAAAGUAUUUGUUGCAAGUAAUGUUGUCAUAGUUUUGUUAAAGCUGUGAUGUUCUCUAGUUUAUGCUUUGAGUGUCGGAUUUUAUCUAGACAUUGUCUUGAUUAAAAAAAGAUUGUGUCGUAUCAAUAAACCUUAUUCAAAUAAUUGUAAACUAUUCCCAGCAAACUACAAUAAAGCAGAAGCUUGUGACUGUCUUCA